AUGCCUUUGACACAGACAACCGAGACCGAAUUGUUCAUACGAAUCAAAGUGUGCAUGAGAGCUAAGAAUAUGCCCUUGUUGGUAAUGAUGCCAAGACCAACUGGCGUACGUUCAGCUACAGAAGCAUAUGAAGACCUUGCAAGCAUCUUGAAACAUUCUCUGUUUAAUCCACAAGAUGUUACAAAAAAACACGAGACAUUGGAAACAUCCAAAGAUUAA